GCAAAGCAAAAAACGAAAACAGGGGACAAGAAAUUCCAAAAUCAAGACAUGAAUAUGGAGUUGGAUCAUGUUGUCAAGUUUCUUCAAGGCAAAACUAUUUUAGUCACUGGUGCAACUGGAUUUUUGGCAAAGAUCUUUGUCGAGAAGAUUUUAAGGAUUCAGCCAAAUGUGAAUAAGCUCUAUCUUCUUUUGAGGGCUGCAGAUGCUCAAUCUGCCACGAAACGCUUGCAUAGUGAGAUCAUAGAUACAGAAUUGUUUAAGAUUCUUCGAGACAAUUGGGGUUCAGAAUUUGAUUUCUUUAUAUCAAGUAAGGUGAUAGCAGUGCCUGACGAUAUCUCUUCUGAAAACCUGGGGGUGAAUGAAUCAAAAUUAAGUGAACAAAUGUUGAAAGAAAUAGAAAUUGUAGUACAUGUUGCUGCCACAACAGGAUUCAAUGAAAGGUAUGAUGUUGCAUUGGCCAUCAAUACGUUUGGAGCUCUCAACGUUUUGAGGUUUGCAAAGAAAUGCGAUAAGAUGAAGCUGUUUCUCCACACAUCAACUGCCUACGUGUGCGGUGAACAAGCAGGAAUCAUAUUAGAGAAACCUUUUUCCGUGGAUGACACACUGUUGAAAACAUGUAAAUUAGACAUUACAGAAGAGAAGAGAAUUGUAGAGGAAAAAUUAGAUGAGUUGCCAUUCCAACAUGCCCCAGACGAAGUAAUAAAAUCAGAAAAGAUGGAAUUGGGUCUCCAAAGGGCAAAACUGUAUGGGUGGCCUAACACAUAUGUGUUUACAAAGGCAAUGGGAGAGAUACUUUUAGGGAACUUCAAAGGAGAUUUGCCUCUCGUCAUUAUCCGCCCUACCAUGAUUGGAAGCACUUAUAAAGAACCCUUCUCUGGCUGGAUUGAAUGUGUGAGAACUAUAGAUAGCGUCAUUGUGAGUUAUGGCAAGGGGAAAUUAACAUGUUUUCCUGGCUAUCCUAACUCUGUCCUUGAUGUGAUACCGGCAGACAUGGUGGUAAAUGCAAUGGUCGUGGCCAUGGCAGUUCACACAAAUCAUCAAUCUUGUCAGAUCAUUUACCAUGUUAGCUCCUCAUUGAAAAAUCCUAUAAAAAUCGAGGAUCUUGCAAUAUUUGCAUACCGUUAUUUCACUAAAAACCCAUGGUCUAAUAGACACGGACAAAGAGUUAAAGUUCGUAAACUCACAGUGUUGGGCACAAUCAAUGGAUAUUUUCUAUACAUGUGGACUAAAUAUCUGUUUCCAUUGAAGGUGUUGUAUUUGGUGAACAUCCUUAGUUGCCAGUAUUUUAGGCAAGUUUACACGGACCUUAAUCGCAAAAUCAGGUUUGCAAUGCGGUUGGCAGAAUUUUACAAACCUUAUGUGUUCUUUAAGGGCAACUUUAGUGACACAAACUUAGACAAGUUGCGAAUGGUGGCUCAAGGGAGAGGCAUUGAUAUGGGUGCAUUUGACUUCGAUUCCAAGAGUAUUGAUUGGGAGGAUUACAUGAUGAACAUUCACAUUCCUGGCCUCUUAAGACAUGCGAUUUAAUCUUAAUUAUUGUCAAGAAUAAUAUUAAUCUAUCAACUAUAUCUUUAUAAAUAUGUAUGCAGGACCCUUUGAAUAAGAUUUAAGUAGUGGGUAUCAAUCUUUGAACAGCUUAAAUGAUGAGGAAAGAAGGAGAGUACUUGCAUUACUUUUCAUUGUGACCAAUAACAGAUGUCAUUGCCAUGAUAGUUCUUUAUUUAUUUGUGUUCUUGAUGCUUCUUCAUUUUAGCUUUGCUUCAAA